UUAUUUUAAAAAAUUUAGAUUACACAAUUAUCAAUCCCAAAACGCAAAAAAGCCUUUGUCUUGCUCCAGUUUCCGCCGUCGUCCUUAUCUCCGGCGCUCUGUUGACCUGCGUGAAACCGUCGGUCUAUACCUCUCCGUGAAACUGCAAACCAUAUAUCGAUUGUCAAUCUGUGCUUCUCUCCGUGAAACUACAAACCAUAGAUCGAUUGUCAAUCUGUGCUUCUCUCCGUGAAACUGCAAACCAUAGAUCGGUUGUUGAUCUGUGCUUCUCUCCGUGAAACUGCAAACCAUAGAUCGGAUGUUGAUCUGUGUUUUUCUCCGUCAAAUUGCAAAGUAUAUGUUGGCUGUCGAUCUGUGCUUCUCCGUCUAAUUGCAAACCAUAGGUUGGUCGUAGAUCUGUGCUUUUCCGUCAAAUUACAAACCUUGGGUUGGUCGUCGAUCUCCGUCAAAUUGCAAACCAUUGGUUGGUGAUCGAGAGAUUGUAGCCGCUAUAUCGUAAGGUUUUUGCAAAGGUUUAUAUUUAUUUAUUUAUUUAUUUAUUUAUUUAUCAGUUUGGUUGUAUUUGAGUAGCAGCAAAAUUGUUUACGAUGAAAAGGAGACGAAAUUGUGACGGCAAAGACAGAACCAGUGGUUUAACUGAUUGUCUUUCACUUCAAAGAAGAAGACGGAAUUAUGACGGUGAUGGUAAAGACAGAAUCAGUGCUUUACCUGAUUGUAUUUUACUUAAAAUAUUAUCGCAUUUGAAGACGAAGCAAGCUAUUCAAACGUCCUUCAUCUCCCCUCGAUGGAAGAAUCUCUGGAAACAUAUUCCCGUUCUUUCUUUCAAUUAUACUCGCUACGGAUCUCUGGAGAAAUUCACUAGAUUUGUUUCUCAAUGUUUGUCUCUUCGCGAUGAUAAAGCCUCUCUACAAGCUCUCAAUUUUGAGUGCCGCGAAUUUAUCAAGCCUCACUUGCUCAAAAGGAUUAUGAAAUACGUAUUUUCACACAAUGUCCAACAAUUACAUAUGGCCGUGGCAUGUAAUAUUCUACACUUCCCACUUUGCAACUUUCCAUGUCAUACUUUAACCUCUCUUAGACUUACUUCGAGCAAACAGCGGUCAUUAUUUCCAAAUUCUCUUGCAUUACCUGCAUUAACCCAUCUGUCUAUUGAAUUAUUUGCCUUUCACUGCACUAGUGAUGAUGACUAUGCCGAGCCCUUUUCUGUUUUUAAGAGUUUGAAUACUUUGAUCAUUCAUUAUUGUGAAGUUUUUAAUGAACGGAACCCUUGUGAAGAAAACCUCUUCAUAUCAAGUGUGUCACUUGUUAAUUUAACAAUAUCAUUGUCUAGCCACCCUCACAAAUUCAAGUUAUCUACCCCAAAUCUUUGUAGCUUUGAUUUCUUCGGUGAUCCUUUACAAAAUCUAUGUGGCCGCAAUAGCAAUAGCAAUAACAAUACCAAUUUCUCUUCUAUUAAACACGUAAAGAUUAGCGUACCAUUUUCAACUGCUGGCGAAGAAUUUCCUUCGAUUCUAUUCAAUUGGCUAGUUGAGCUUGCCCUUAUGGAAUCAUUGACAAUCUCUUUAAAGACUCUUCAGAUUCUCAACUUAAUUCCUGAAUCAUGGAAGAUUGAUUUCCAUUAUUUACAUAACUUGAAGUUACUGAAAAUAGACGCAAGUCAAUAUCAUCUUUCAUCCUUGCCGGAUGGAAUAGGAGACUUUUUGCUUCAAAAUGCACCGUCAGCUAAAAAAGUCAUCAAAUGUUUGCCAAGACCUGGCUGGAGCACUCUUAAUAUAAAGAGAUUAGAACAAGCGUGAUCACGACAUAGAUCUUUCCAUGGCUAGAUGCAUUAUUAAAAUUUAUUUAUUUUCCCUGCAAUGUACUUAAUUAUUGUUUUUUAUUUUGUUUAUUAUGAGUAUUUAUAUGUUUUCAACUUUGAACAUUUUUGGGUCAUGUGUAAGAUCAUUCUAAGUUGAAUUUGGAUGGAACUGGAAGUGGGUGCUAUUUAUACCAGGGGAGGUUACAUAAUUACUGAGAUAAAAAUCAAAUUCGAACCGAAUUUCAAA